AGCGGCGUUAGGCAAAUUUUAAACUUCCACUCCUGGCGGCGAAAGCCCAGCCGUGCGGAGGCAGCUACGGAUUUCAUUUUCCUUGUUCACUGGGUCUCGGCCGGGGCCAGGCCGGAUGGCGGAGGAGGUGGCGGUGGCCGUGGCCGUGUGCGUGCGGGUGAGGCCCGUCUGUAACAGGGAAGGACUGGAAGAAGCUACUCAUGUUUAUUGGAAAACUGACAAUAAUGCUAUUUAUCAGAUUGAUGGGAGUAAAUCCUUCAGUUUUGAUCGUGUCUUUCAUAGUAAUGAAACAACUAAAAAUGUAUAUGACGAAAUCGCAGUACCGAUCAUCGACUCUGCCAUCCAAGGCUACAAUGGUACUGUAUUUGCCUAUGGGCAGACUGCAUCAGGAAAAACACAUACCAUGAUGGGUUCAGAAAAUUGUUUAGGAGUCAUCCCGAGAGCUAUACACGACAUUUUUCAAAAAAUUAAGAAGCUUCCUGAGAGAGAGUUUCUCUUACGGGUAUCUUACAUGGAAAUAUAUAAUGAAACCAUUACAGAUUUACUUUGCAACACUCAGAAAGUGAAACCACUGAUAAUUCGGGAAGACAUCAAUAGGAAUGUGUAUGUUGCUGAUCUCACAGAGGAAGUGGUUUAUACAUCAGAAAUGGCUCUGCAGUGGCUCUCCAAGGGAGAAAAAAACAGACAUUAUGGAAUAACCAAAAUGAAUCAAAGAAGCAGUCGUUCACAUACCAUUUUCAGAAUGAUUUUAGAAAGUAGAGAAAAAGGUGAAUCUUCAAGUUGUGAUGGCUCUAUUAAAGUGUCACAUUUGAAUUUGGUGGAUCUUGCAGGCAGUGAAAGAGCUUCUCAAACAGGAGCCGAAGGUGUGCGACUCAAGGAAGGCUGCAAUAUAAAUCGAAGCUUAUUUAUUUUGGGACAAGUGAUCAAGAAACUUAGUGAUGGGCAAGUUGGUGGUUUCAUAAAUUAUCGAGAUAGCAAAUUAACACGAAUUCUUCAGAAUUCCUUGGGAGGAAAUGCGAAAACACGUAUUAUUUGCACAAUUACUCCAAUUUCUUUUGAUGAAACACUUUCUACUCUCCAGUUUGCCAGCACUGCUAAAUAUAUGAAGAACACUCCUUUUGUGAAUGAGGUAUCAAGUGAUGAAGCACUUCUAAAACGAUACAGGAAAGAAAUAGUGGAUCUGAAAAAACAAUUAGAAGAAGUAAGCGUAAAGACUCGGGUACAAGAAAUGGAAAAAGACCAAUUGGCCCAACUUUUAGAUGAAAAAGACUUGCUUCAAAAAGUACAGGAUGAGAAAAUUCAGAACUUAAAGCGGAUGCUGGUCACCUCGUCUUCUAUUGCCUUGCAACAGGAACUAAAGGCUAAAAAGAAGCGAAGAGUUACUUGGUGCUUAGGCAAAGUUAACAAAAUGAGUGAUUCAACUGAUGUAAAUGAAUUUGAAGUGCCAACGAAUGUAACAACCAGAACACACAAAUCUUCCAUAACUGUAUUAGGAGAAAUUGAUGAAUCUGUGUGUGUUGAGACUGAUACCUUUAGUAAUACUCUUGAACCAUUAACUGAGACAGAAUGGAGCUCAGCAACAACGCUACUAAGUCAGGAGAACUUAGAAGGCGAGCUGAAUUCCCUUCAUGCUAAAUAUGAUAAUUUGGUAUUAGACAAUGAACAGCUAAGAAGACGAAAUGAAUACCUGGAAUUGAAAUUAACAGAAAAAGAUUGUGUAGGUGAAUUUGAGACUCUAGAAAGAGAAAGUAAAAAAGAUCAAGAGGUGGAACUAAUUCAUGAAAUUUCCAACUUAAAGGAUUUAGUUAAGCAUGCAAAAGCAUAUAAUCAGGAUCUGGAGAAUGAACUAAGUUCAAAAGUUGAACUUCUUAAAGAUAAAGAAGACCAGAUUAAGAAUUUACAGAAACACAUAAACAUACAAAACUCUGAUACUAUAAAAAUGGACUUGUCAUAUUCAUUGGAAACCACUGAAGACCUAAAACAAAUGAAACAAGAUUUGGUUGAUACAGAAGCUGUAGUCCUUUAUGCCAAGAAAAAAUCAACCUUCCUUACAAGUGAAAACCUAGAGCUGAAAGAGAAAAUAAAAAAACUUUUAAACUCCUGCAAGCAAAUGGAAGAUGAUAUUCAACUAUAUCAACGCCAAUUGGAGACAGAAAAGAAAACACAAGCUGAUCUGGAUAAAGAAUUGCAAUCUUCUUUUAAUGAAAUAAGAAAACUCAAUUCCCUCCUAGAUGGCAAAGUUCCAAAAGAUUUGCUCUGUAAUUUGGAAUUGGAAAGAAAGAUUGAUGACCUCCAAAGUGAACUUAACAAAGAAUUUAAUGAAAAUGAAACUUUGAGAAAAGAAGUUAAAUUGCUCUCAGAAUUAAAACCUUUACCUUCAGAAGUGCAAAUGCUAAGGACAGAGAUACAUAAGAAGUCUAAAGAGCUCACUAUAAUAACUUCAGAAAAAGAAAAAUUAAUUUCUGAAGUAGUUCAUAAAGACAAUAAAAUUCAAAGUUUACUUGAAGAAAUGGGGAAAACUAAAGGUGACCUUGCAGCUUCCCAGCUGGAUUGCAGAAACAUUGAUGAAGAAUUUCAAAAUUUCAAAACUCUUCAUAUGGAAUUUGAGCAAAAAUAUAAAAAUAUCCUGGAAGAGAAUGAGAAAAUGAAACAAGAGCUUUCUGGAAAGACUCAGGAGCUCCAGCAGGAAACAGCCAAGAGUCAGGACAGGUUAGAUGAGGUGGAACAACUGAAGGAAGAGCUAGAAAACAAGGAUUCUGCCCUGCGAUCUGUGGAAAAGGAGAACAGCCUGCUAACUGAGACGCUACAGCAAACAUUAGAAGAAGUAAAAACUUUGACUCAAGAAAAAGAUGACCUGCAGCAACUCCAGGAGAGCCUGCAAAUUGAGAGAGACCAACUUAGAAAUGACAUUCAGGACACAAUAAAUACGAACAUAGACACUCAAGAACAAUUGCGCACUGCACUCGAGUCCUUGAAGAAACACAAAGAAAUAAUUAACACACUGAAAAGAAACAUUUCUGAGAACUCUUCUGAGACACUGCAUACAGUGGAUGCUAUGGGUCAACUUCAGCAAGAGGACCUGGAAAAAGAAGAUGAACUAAGAAUUGCUCACGUGCACCUGAAAGAGCAGCAAGACACUAUCGACAAGCUCAGGAGGGCUGUUACCGACAAGACAGAUGAACUAGCAGCUGUGCAGAGGGACUUAGAACAUGCAAAUGCUGCUGCAAAAGCACAGAUCCAGGAACUUAAAGAAAAAGAAGAUCAACUUAUUAAAGCAAACAAUGAUGUUGUGGGAUUCAUGGAUCAAAUAGAGCAAUUGAAGAAGCGACUCGAAACCCAGAAUACAGUUCUGGAAUCUGCAGAAAUGGAGAAGUUAAGGCUGACUAAGGAACUUCAUGAAAACCUUGAAGAAAUAAGAUUUCUUACUGAUGAAAAUGAUAGCCUAAAACUUGAGGAGGAAACCCUCAGAGCAGAGCGAGACCAACUGAGGGAAAGCCUUACAAAAGCAGAAGCCAAUAUCCCAGUGCUUCAUAAAGAACAAGUGCUACUUCCGAAUGUGAAAGAAGUCAGUGAAUGUCCAGAAACAGUGAAUAAAUUAGAGCCACUAGAAGAACAAUCCAAACCCAUGGAUUCAACAUCACUAGAAAACUUAGCUAUGGAAAAGCUCAGGCUAACGGAGAAACUUCAAGGAGGAAAGAAAGAGAUAAAAUAUCUAACUAAACAAAGUGAUGAUUGGCAAAUCUUAGAGGCAUUUCAACUUGAACAUACCCAGCUCAAAGAAGACCGUAAAGAAAUUCUUGCUAAAAUCCAAGAAGCUCAAGGCAGAGAAUGUUCCUUUACUGUGGGGGAAAAGGAUGGUGAUACUACGAAAAUAAGUAAGAAAGGACCACUGAAGAGGAGGUUCAAAGCCAGAUAUUCAGCACCACCAAGAAUAGACGUAGAAAAGUUGCCUGGGAGCCUUGAAGGCCAUGGGAAAGUGGGUGUCCUACACCAACUACAGCGGAGUCUUCCCUCCCAGCAGGACCGUUUCACAGGCCACAUGAGAGAAGUCACAACCAAACAUCUGGAAGCCGAGGAAGAACUUAAAAUUGCUCAUUGUUGUCUGAAAGAGCAACAUGAAAAGAUUAAUAGAUUGACAGCGAUCCUAUCAGAGAAGGAAUAUGAAAUAUCCUCCUUUCAGAUGCAGCUGGAAUCAGCCAAACAUGAAUUACAGAGAAAGGACCUGGAAAAAGAAGAUGAACUAAGAAUUGCUCACGUGCACCUGAAAGAGCAGCAAGACACUGUCGACAAGCUCAAGAGGGCUGUUACUGACAAGACAGAUGAACUAGCAGCUGUGCAGAGGGACUUAGGACAUGCAAAUGCUGCUGCAAAAGCACAGAUCCAGGAACUUAAAGAAAAAGAAGAUCAACUUACUAAAGCAAAAGAUGAUCUGGUAGAAUUCAUGUAUCAAAUGGAGCAAUUGAAGAAGCAACUCAAAACCCAGAAUUCAGUUCUAGAAUGUGCAGAUAUAGAGAAGUUCAGGCUGAAUAAAAAACUUCAUGAAAACCUUGAAGAAAUAAGAUUCCUUACUGAGGAAAACAAUAACCUAAAAUGUGAGGAGGAAACCCUCAGAGCAGAGCGAGACCAACUGAGGGAAAGCCUUACAAAAGCAGAAGCCAAUAUUCAAGAACUGAAGGAAAAUGAACUUCAGCUUCUUAAAUUAGAAGGAAAACACAGUGAAGCACAGAAACAACUCAAGGAACAAGGCAUGACUCUGAGUAAGAUAGAGAUGGAGAAUUUAACUUUGGCUCAGAAACUUCAUGAAAACUUUGAAGAAAUAAAGACUCUUGUAACAGAAAGAGAUAACCUAAGGAAAGCAGAGGAGAUACUCAAACUGGAAAGAGACCAAUUUAAAGAGAACUUAGAGAAAAUCACAGCUAAAGAUCUAGACACACAACAAGAACUGAAAAUUGCUCACAUGCAUUUGAAAGAACAAGAAGAAAAUAUUGAUAAUCUCAGACAGAAACUUGGAGAAAAGACAACUCAAAUUUCAGACAUCCAGAAGGAUUUAGAUAAAUCAAAAGAUGAAUUACCAACAAAGAACCACAAAGGGGAUGUAAAACACAAAAGAAAAUUGCUAUGUGAUGCAGAACAACACCCUACAGAAAACCUGAAAGAAAAAUGCCUGAAGAUAAAAGAGCUCCUGAAGAAAUACUCAGAAAUGGAUAAUGAUUAUGAGUGCUUGGAUAGAUUGUCUCUUGAUUUGGAGAAGGAAAUUGAAACCCAAAAAGAGCUUUCAGUUAGAGUAAAAGGAAACCUGUACCUUCCAUACUCACAAACCAAACAGAUUCAAAAACUUCUAGCAGAAAACCAAAGGUGUUCCGUAGAAUCCUUCAGAGUCAUGAAGAAACUUAAGUAUGUGUUAAGCCAUGUUACAAGGAUAAAGGAAGAACAGCAUGAUACCAUCAACAAAUUUGAAUUGGCUUUUGUUGAAGAAGUAGAGAAGCAAAAUGAAUUGCAAACUAAAAUUCAAUGUCUUGAUAUGGAUUACAAUGCGCCAGCAUCCAGAGAAUUAAAGGAUCUCAAAUUGAACCCAAAUAUCGACGAACAUAUUGAGGAAAUUCUCAAAGAUUUCUCAGAAUAUGACUUCCAAAGUAUAAGGACUGAAUUUCAACAACUACUAAAUGAUCAAAAAGAAAUGUGUCAGUUAUUGGAAGAAUGGUUGAGUGCUCCUUUUGAUAUAGAAAAACUUAAACUUGCUAUUCAGAAAGAAAACAGUAGCUUAUUUCGAGUGAAUAACUUCUAUAAUGAUAAGAUAACUGCCAUAAUAAAUGAAUCCACAGAGUUUGAGGAAAGAAGUGCUAUCAGAUCAAAAGACUGGAAAUGCGACCUAAACGUCAUGAAAGAAAAAACUAAAAAACUAGUUGAAGACUACCAGUCUUUGACAGCUUCUCAAUCUAGUGCCCGGAUUUGUUCUACUACACCAAGCAGGAAGACUCAGCAUGUUGCCUCAGGACGCAUACAGAUGACUGCAGAAAAAAUUCAGGAGCUAGAAACUUCCCUACAUGAAGCUAAAGAAAGUGCUGUACGUAAAGAAGACAAGAUUGUAAAGUUGCAGGAAGAACUAAAAGUGACUAAUGACAUAAUAGCAAAACUUGAAAACAAAGUUAAUGAGUCAAACAAAUGUCUUGAAAAAGCAAAAGAAACCAUUCAGUUACUUCAGGAAGAAGUUGCUGUAGGUGCUAAAGUUUAUAAAGAAGAAAUUGAAGAUCUGAAAACAAAACUGGUGAAAACAGACCUAGAAAAGAUGAAAAAUGGCAGAGAACAUGAAAAAGAAAUGAAUUCUACAAAAGCUACUAUUGAAUAUCAAAAAGAAAUGAUACGGGCACUAAGAGAAAAUCUCAGAAGAAAUCAACAGGCCCAAGAUACUUCACUGACAUCAGAAUAUGAUUUACAACCUCCAGUGAAGCCUUUAACCUGUGGAGGUGGCAGUGGUAUUAUACAAAGCACCAAAGCUCUUAUUUUAAAAAGUGAAUAUGUAAGGCUAGAAAAGGAAAUGUCCAAGUUAAAGCAGCAAAACGAGGAGAUAACAAAGCAAAAAAAUGAGCUGUUAAGUGAAAACCAUCAUCUUUCCAGUGUGAUUAAAACUUGGAAGGAAAGAAUCUUUAAAAGUGAAGCUUAUAAAAAAGGAACUUGUGAAAAUUCUCCAGAAUCUCCUAAAGUGACCAGAACAGGCACCAAGAAGAAGCUAAACACACCUUCUCAGUAUAAGGAGGGAAAUUUACGUGACAUUGUGCUAAAUGAAUCUCCAAAAUCAUCGUUUUUUGAUAGCCGAUCGAAGUCUUUACCAGCAUGCUAUCCAGUUCGCUAUUUCGAUAACUCCAGCUUGGGACUGUUCCCAGAGGAACAAACAAUAGAAACAAACAGUCUGGAUGCUAAGCCAGAUCUGUGGCCCUCCUCGUCAAGAAAAGAAACAGAUGACUGCAAAAUGCAGUAGACGUCCCACACUUGUCUGGAAACCUGGAAUGUUUGCAGUAACUUUCCUUAUGCAUCUACCCAUUAAUGUUAUAGUCCGACUUAAUUUCAGUUUAAUUUUUACUUUGUCUUUAAACUGAGACAAAGAAGGAACGAGAAAUUUUUUUUCCAAUAAGUUAAAAUGACAGUAUAGCAGUACUCUGUGCUCAUGCUUAACAUU